UAUUUCUAGUUUAUGGGAACUCAAUCGUAGUGCGGUCAUAGCAGACUUGAAGUUUUUAUUGUGUACAUGAAGCAAAUAAUUAGCUGGAUAGUCUAUAGUAGGUUUUACAGUGCCGUAAGUUCUAAGUUUUGAAUUGCCAGAAAUAUAUUCGGUUUUAUAAAUAGUAUUGAAUUGGGACCUUAUGGCCGUUUGAAUGCAAAUGAUUACAGGAUUUCUUUAUUGUCUAUAUUUAGUAACACUAACAGGAUAUGACGUCAACUUGAUCUUGGUACUCCCCUUUCUAAACAUAGAAUUGACAGUGAAACGUUCAGUUUUUUGAUAAAUACUUGCAACUGUUUGGAUUAUGUUUGGUUGACAGCCAUAUUCUACUCAUAAAAAUGUACCAACCAGGUUACUAACAACUAUUAUAACCAUUUAGAGUACUAUUAAGCCGUAGGAAAGGUUAAUUUAUAGUGUAUUUUAAAUGGUGAGGAUGCUUCAGCAACAUCAACAACAAAUACAGGGUGCAACGGCUGCACAACAACAACCGUAUCCAAUUUCUCCUCAACCUCAACAAUUUAAUAAUUUUCCUGAAGAAUUUCUCCAGGUUGGACAGCGAAGAGAAAGAUGGAUAUUAGACAGAACAUUGGGCUCGGGAGGAUUUGGAACUGUCACCUUAUGGAAAAAUGAGAUAACUGGAGAAGAGGUGGCAAUAAAGAAAUGUCGACUUGGAGGUAAUAUGUCACAUAAAAAUUGUCAAAGAUGGCAAAUAGAAGUGGAUAUAAUGAAAAGAUUAAACCAUGAAAAUGUUGUGUCUGGGUGUGAUGUUCCUGUUGGGCUGGAAUCUUUAAAAGAUGAUCUUCCAUUAUUAGCCAUGGAAUACUGUGCUGGUGGUGACUUAAGAAAGGUUCUAAAUAAUCCCAAAAAUUGUUGUGGAAUGAGUGAAUUCGAAGUCCGAUGUUUAGCACAAGAUAUUUCUUCAGCUAUUGAAUAUUUACACAUUAAAAGAAUUAUUCACAGAGAUUUAAAACCUGAAAAUAUUGUACUUAGCUCAGCUGAGAACAGGACUAUAUAUAAACUGAUUGAUCUUGGUUAUGCUAAAGAAUUAGAUCAGAGUAGUGUUUGCCAAUCUUUUGUUGGAACUUUACAGUAUUUAGCUCCAGAAUUAUUUGUUGGUCAGAAAUAUACACAGACGGUAGAUUUUUGGUCUUUUGGAACUGUUAUAUUUGAAUGUUUAACUGGGUCAAGGCCAUUUUUACCUUCUUUGUCUCCUGUCAGAUGGCAUAAAGAAGUUAACCAGAAGUCACCAGAUGAUAUCUGUGCAUAUUUUGACAAUAAUGCUGAAAUCAGAUUUUCAAAGAAACUAUUUACUCCAAACCAUUUAACAAAAAUAAUGCAAAAUUAUUUUGAGAAUUGGUUGAAACUAAUGUUAAGAUGGGAUGCAAAGAGUCGAGGAGGAGGUUUAACUGAAGAACGAAGACCUAAUUGUUUUGUUCAUUUAAAAAGUAUUUUAUCUCUUAAGAUUUCACAUAUAUUAUUUGUUGAAGCUAACCGGUUGAUAUCUGUACCUGUACCAAAUACUCAAACGAUGCAGGAUUUACAACGUAUUAUCGAACAGGAGACUAAAAUACCUCCAUUAGAUCAAGAUAUAUUAUUAGCUAGUGGUCUAAGUCCAGAUUUAACUAAACCUGCCUCACAGUGUUGGUCAGAACCUGGUGAAGAAGAAUGGUUAGUAUUUUUAUUUAGGAAAAGUGACACAACUUUAACAUACAAGAGAGGUAAACAGUUGCCUCAGAUGGUACAGCAUAUAGUUAAAGAACCGAAAACAAUAUUAUCCAAUAGUGAACAAAGAAAAGCUUGGGCUCAUGCUGUUUUCUUCUGUCAAGAACAGAAUCAAGACUUUAAACGUCUGAUCGGAAGCCAGAGAGCCACCAUGUUAAGUUUAUUGAGGUCUAAUUCUGAAUUUGUGCGAAUGAAGAGUAAAAUGCUGUCAGAUGUGGGACAAAUGAUGGCAAGAAAAGAUCAUUUCAAAGACAGUUUAGAGUUAGAUAUUGCUAAAUAUGAAGAUCAGAGGAUUGAUGGUAUCACUUCUGAUUUGAUGUUUUCAAAAUGGCAGAAAACGGAAGAUGAUAUUGACAAAUUCAACGAAUUGAGAGAUUAUGCUCUAAAGUUGGAACAGGAUGCAAAUGCUUUGCAAACCAAAAUUGUGGAGCUACAGAAAAGUCCAUAUGCCCGAGGAAAACCAAGCCCACAUCUCAAUGAAUGUGAAGAAAAGGCAAGGACAUUGUUUAGUCAACUUAGACAAGCUUCAAAAGGUAGCCACUUGAUGGAACAUACACAGAUGGUAGAUGCAGUGACCAAAUGUAUUUUAUUUAGAGACAGAUCAGUAGCAGAAAUGUUGACUCAUAUCAGUAAAAUUUGUAUCUGCCGUGCUAAUUUGAAUCAAAUAUUACCCAAUAUACAGAGAUGUUGCGAUGACAUAAGUGCAGCAUGUAAACAGCUUACAUCUAAUCAACGUAGUAGACAACAAGAUAUCUGGAAACUUAUUAAAGUUGCUCUAGGUCAAGCCAAAGCGCUGUCCAGAUCAAACUCUCAAAAACAGCAACAGUCCAUGCCCCAGCAAGUUCAGCCAGUUAAUCAUACACCUAUGUCUAUUACAAGUUCUAGUUUAAUGCAAUCUUUGUCCAGAUGUGAAUCAUUGAGAAUAAUGGAAAAUGGAAAGGAGCAAGCAGAAAGAAAUCAGAGCAUGAUGAGACAAAUAAUGGAACAAGAUCAAAGUAAUAUGAUAUCAAGUUCGUUAAAUGAACUUUUGUAUAAUCAAGAUACAGAUAUUGACAAUGAUAUACACGAAACGAAUCUUACGUAACAUAAAAUGCAAUCCAUAGAAACCAAAAAAUAGACACGGUUUUAAUUCCUUUUCAUAAAGAAAAAUGCAUCCAUUAUGUUGCUUUGCCUCAUUAAAUAUCAAUCAAACCUAAAUGGAAACUUGCAGUGGGGUUCUGUUACUUUACCAAACAUCAAAGGAAAUACUUCAAAUACACAACUAUUUGUUGUAUACAUCCCUGCAAUCUGGUUCACAUAUCCUGAAUAAAAAUAUUGUUAAAAAAAAAUCCCUGCAAGAAUUUAUCACUGCAACUCACGCAUCACAUCGUUGUACUGUUUUAGCAGGAGUUUCUGUAUUUAAUGUUUAGUUAUAGAGUCUGAAAUUCAGACCAUUGUUGUAAAUUAUUAAAAUCUGUUGAAAAUCAUCAAAAACUAAUGGGUUCCUACUGUCACAUAGUUUAAAAUGGUCUGUCUAGAUUAGAUGAUGAGUGUCAGGUUUACAACUGUGUCGAGUAAUUAAUUAAUCUGUUAAUUACUCAACACCUUUUGGGAAAGUAAACACUUGUAAACAUAUAAUAUUGUAUUUGAUUUAUAGAAAAAGUUAAGAUGUAGUAUGUUUGCACAAUUUAUUGCUUGUGCAUAAAAUACCACAAUCAAGUUAUAAUGCACACAAAAUAAUAUUUUGCAGGAUAAUGUUUGGGGAAAAAAUAAAAAACAAUUUCAGUCAUAUUUGUGCUCAUAAAGAUAAACCUUGUAAUGUUGAGAGUUCAAGUAUGGUUGCAGGACUAAUCAGUGCCGGACUAAAUGAGAGAUUGUGCUUGACAAAAGCCUGAAUUUGUGCCUGUGAUAAGUGCCUUAUUUCCAGGCUUGUUAACAAGCUGCAUAGUGACAGUAUCAGACGUAUGUUGUAGACAAUAGGAAGAAUUGAGGACUAAGUAAGGUAUUGAAGAGUUUUGAAAAUUUAGAAUGGCCCCCUGAGUAUAUGUUGCUGAUGCUGGUUUACUUACCAAGUGGUCCUGCCCUUUAUCCUGGUCUUGGUCUUGGUCUCUCGCAGGAAAGCUUAUUCACUUAGCUUAGGUCCGAUGUCGGACGAAUAUCCACAGCAUUAAUAAGACCUAUGUUUUUUUUAGCAUUUCUUAGAAUACUAAUAUCAAUAUUCUACAACCACUAUAUAGAUAUAUAUAUAUAUUGAAUGUAUAUUUUUUUUUGAAGAAACUUCCAUGGUGCAACUUUUAUUAUUUCAUGUUACAGAAUUAUGUAACAAUGGUGUAAAAAAAUUGUGUAAACUGCAUUUAUAGAAAUUUUGCUCGUUAUUUUUUAUUUUACAAGUGAUAGAACUGAGUAAUCUGUAAAUAAAAUAAGUGCUUGAGACUUGCUCAAAUGCAGUAGCAUAAUAUGAACGAGAGGGGUUCACUAGUCUGCGGGUGCACUAUUCUGUCGUUAUAAAAAAUACUAUAAAUAAUUGGUAUAUAAAAAAACCCAGCAGGUAUGCUGGCUGAUUGGUAUCAUGUUGUGAUGUCGUCGUUUCGCCCUUCAUAACGACAUUUUAAACCGACAGCAUGACAUUUUAACCCGACAAUACAACAUUUAUACAUGUUGUAUGUAAUGUCGCGUAAAAAUGUUGUAUUGUCCUGUUAAAAUAUUGUGAUGUCGGCCAUCUUCCUCUCAAUAUACAGUUUGAUUAUGUACACUGAUCCUGGUGUUGGUCAAGAAUGUUCCCCGGGAUGUUGCAACGUGGUUUCUCCUUCUUGGUAGUGCAGCCAAUCGGACUAUUAAAGAUAGGCAUAUGCUACGCAGAGUGCUAUGACAGAAAUUUUCUAUGGACAAUGGCAUUUCUUCAUCGAAUUCCAAAUGUGAAUGGUUCUUUAAUGUGCAUGCCAAUGUGUACACAGGGGCUUGUGUUUUUGUCCCAUCUUCACAACUAGACAAUAUCCUUUGUUCAAACAUUCGUCCUGCACUACCGACAGGGCGAAACCAUGCUGCGAAAUCCCAGGGAACUUUCUUGAUCAGCACCAGGAUCAUUGUAAAUAAUCAUACUAUAUAUUGAGAGGAAGAUGGCCGACAUACAACAUUUUAACCCUGACAUUACAGUUUAAAUGUCAUGGUGUCAAGUGAAAUGUCAUAUUGUCGGUUUUAAAUUGUUGUGAUUUCGGGUUGUUGGGUUGUCACCUUAUGAAGGGCGACAUCACAACAUGAUACCAUACCAUUCUGCCACCAUACCCGCUUGGUUUUUUGAUACCCAUCUUUAUAGUAUUUUUAUACCGGUGGAUGAGUGCACCCGUGGACUAGUGAACCCGCGGACCAGUGAGCAUUCCCUAUACGAACAUGGUGUAGAUGAUAUAAUGUUAAAAUGUGUAUUCUCUAUAUUUUAAUUCAAAAAAGAUUUUUUAAAAGUUUAUUGAAUGAGCUCACAAGUCAUCAUUCCGUAGUUAUGGUUGUUGUCCAUUUAAAUCUGCUUUGUGUUCAAAAGAAGUGAUUUAACAUUGCUAGUUGUCACCUGUCCAGGCUGAAGCAUGGAAUGUGAUUAUGAACAUAAUAUAAAACAAAAUUGUUAUCAUUAUGUAAAUUUGUGAUCAUUAUGUAAAUUUGUUAUCAUCUAUUGUAUAUAAAACUGUUGAGUGCGAUAAAUUAUAUGUAAUAUUAAGGUAAUAAAACAAGAUUUAAUUUAA